AGUCCAUCUCCUACUCUCAGUCUCACACUAUCACUUCACUCUAGCUUCCAUCAAUGGCCGCUUCUCUCUAUGGUUCUCUUCCUCUGCUGUUUCUUUUCUACAUUUCUGGCAUUUUUCUACGGGCGGUGGCCGUUGAUCAGACUGUCAAGACUUUCAUCUUCCGUGUGGACGCCGAAUCAAAGCCGUCCAUAUUCCCCACUCACUACCACUGGUACACUUCCGAGUUCGCCGAGUCGAGCCGUAUACUUCACGUUUAUGACACCGUUUUCCAUGGCUUCUCCGCCUCGGUAACCCCAAGCGACGCUGCUGCUUUAAGUAAGCAUCCGUCGGUUCUCGCUGUUUUUGAGGACCAGAGCCGGGAGCUACACACCACUCGUUCUCCUCAGUUCCUCGGGCUACGGACCCAGCAGGGUCUGUGGUCUGAAUCUGACUACGGAUCCGAUGUUAUUAUUGGACUUUUUGACACCGGAAUCUGGCCGGAACGGCGAAGCUUCUCGGAUGAGAACCUGGGUCCGGUGCCGGCGCGGUGGAAAGGAGUUUGCCAGGCUGGCGUCAGAUUCAGUCCUACGAACUGUAACCGGAAAAUAGUUGGAGCGAGGUAUUUCUCUAAAGGUCAUGAAGCGGCAGGAAGAUGGGAGGGUCCUGUUACUGGAAUCAACCAAACAAUUGAAUUCAUGUCACCGCGAGAUGCAGACGGUCACGGCACUCACACGGCCUCAACCGCCGCCGGAAGAUACGCAUUUGGCGCUAGCAUGGAAGGAUACGCCGCGGGGAUCGCUAAAGGAGUGGCGCCGAAAGCGCGUGUUGCGGUUUACAAAGUUUGCUGGAGAAAUGCCGGUUGUUUCGACUCAGAUAUUUUAGCGGCUUUCGACGCCGCAGUUAAUGACGGAGUCGAUGUUAUAUCAAUUUCAAUUGGCGGCAGCGAUGGUGUUUCGUCUCCGUAUUAUCUCGACCCAAUUGCAAUUGGGGCUUAUGGUGCCGUUUCCAGAGGGAUUUUUGUGUCCUCCUCGGCUGGGAACGAAGGGUCCGAUGGUAUGUCUGUCACGAACAUUGCUCCGUGGCUCGUUACCGUUGGGGCGGGGACGAUAGACCGGACUUUUCCCGCCGAAGUUAUUCUCGGAAAUGGCAAGAGGAUAGACGGUGUGUCCUUGUACUCUGGUCCUCCAUUGAAAGAUAAAAUGUUUCCUCUGGUUUACCCUGGCAAGUCAGGGGUGCUCUCUGCUUCGUUAUGUAUGGAGAACUCACUUGAUCCUAACCUUGUGAAGGGGAAAAUCGUGAUUUGUGAUCGGGGGAACAAUCCAAGAGUUGCUAAAGGUUUGGUGGUGAAAAACGCUGGAGGUGUUGGCAUGAUUCUGGCUAACGGAGCUCAGGCCGGUGAAGGGCUGGUCGGAGAUGCCCACCUAAUUGCUGCUCUUGGCGUUGGGUCCGACGAAGGAGAUGCUGUAAAAGCUUAUGCUUCCUCGACUUCGAAUCCAACGGCCACCAUUGAUUUCAAGGGUACUCUGCUAGGAAUCAAACCGGCUCCCGUCGUGGCUUCGUUUUCAGGGAGAGGACCUAAUGGGUUAAACCCUGAAAUCCUGAAGCCGGACCUGAUCGCUCCCGGUGUUAACAUUCUUGCUGCUUGGACUGACGCAAUUGGUCCAACUGGAUUGGACCCUGAUUCCCGCAAAACAGAGUUUAACAUUCUUUCUGGAACCUCAAUGGCUUGCCCUCAUGUGAGCGGUGCGGCGGCGUUGCUGAAAUCCGCCCACCCUGAUUGGAGCCCGGCCGCAAUUAGGUCCGCCGUGAUGACCACAGCAAACAUAAUUGAUAACAAAAAUCUAUCAAUGAUUGAUGAGGCCACUGGGAAGCCAUCAACACCUUACGAUUUCGGUGCAGGGCAUCUGAAUCUCGAUCAGGCAAUGGACCCAGGUCUCGUCUAUGACAUCACCAACAAUGAUUAUGUCAACUUUCUAUGCGCAAUCGGUUACCGCCCAAAGGUAAUUCAGGUGAUUACUCGAUCAGUGGCAAAUUGCCCGGCAAAGAAGCCACUGCCGGAGAAUCUCAACUAUCCUUCUAUCGCUGCAUUGUUCUCAACCUCCUCCAAGGGGCCACAAAGCAAGACGUUCAUCAGAACGGUGACAAAUGUGGAUCAGCCCAACUCCGUUUACCGGCCGAAAAUCGAGUCACCGAAAGGGGUGACCGUGACGGUUAAGCCUACUCAGCUGGCGUUCACGGAGGCUGUGAAGAAGCAGAGCUUUGUGGUGACUGUAACGGCGGACACCAGUAACCUAGUCCUGGGUGAUUCCGGUGCCGUUUUCGGGUCUCUGUCUUGGACUGACGGUAAGCACGUAGUUCGGAGCCCCAUCGUAGUGACCCAAUUCGAAACUUUCUAAUCUCCAAAUUCCCGAUCAAUGAGGGAUUUGAUCGAACGGCGUCUGUUAGAAGAAUGAACAACUCUGCGAGGUGUAGCAUAUUUGUAGAACGACGGCGUCUAGUAGUAAUGUGUUUUGUUUUCAAUCUUUUUUUGGCAGGAGUUUUUUUUUUUUUUUCUUAAAUCUCUAUAAAAAGCUCUUGUAUUU